GAGCGGAGUGGCUCCUGAUUGGUGGAGGCGCAGGCCGGCGCGGUGUCAUCCUGUGGUUUUAAAGCGGAGUGUUGUUGUUGUGAGAGGAGACUGGAUCAGAACCACGCGGUGGAUGUUCGGCUUUACGCGCAGCUCCGCGUGGAUUUGUUUCGCCCCCCGCAGAGCCUCCCCGUCCGGACCGAACAUGCCCAGAGGCUUCCUGGUGAAGCGGAGCCGGAAGCCUGCCGCGGCGUCCUACCGGGUCCGCUCCGGGGAGGAGGACGCGCGGGGAGCCGCCGCCGAUGCGCCGCCGCCGCAGCAGCAGCGUUUCUCCAUCCCGAAGCUCGAGCACACCUGCAAGGCGGCGGCCGCUGCUCCGGAACCGGACCCCACCGCCAAGCCGGUGCAGUUCGGUAACCCGGAGACGGUGUACCGGGUUCUGUACAGCCCGACCCGGCCCGUCAGCCGGGACCAUGAGGGCUCCCCGGAGCGGCGCUGUAGCCUCGGAUCCCCGGCCUCAGCGGAGUCCUUCCCCGCAUUGGAGCACCUGUUCGGCCCGGCGGACCUGAGGGCCAGCGCGGCGGCCGCCGGGGCGCUCCAUGCCGCGGGCGCAAAGCAGCCGACGGGCGACGCAGAACGCCGGGGCAAAGCUGCCAGCAAGAGGACCAAAGCCAUCCGGAAGCUGCACUUUGAGGAUGACGUCACCACGUCCCCGGUCCUGGGACUCAAGAUCAAAGAGGCUCCGGUGGAGCCGAGGCCGGCGGAGGGAGAGCCCCCCCCGCCGGGGGUGCUGGUGUGCCAGCUGUGCCGGGAAGCCUACCCGGACCCGUUCUCCCUGGCGCAGCACCGCUGCUCCAGGAUCGUCCGGGUCGAGUACCGCUGCCCCGACUGCGACAAGGUGUUCAGCUGCCCGGCCAACCUGGCCUCCCACCGCCGCUGGCACAAACCCAAGCCGCACGGCGAGUCGCCCGCGCCCUCCAAAGACAGCAGCGACCGGGACUCCUCCAGCCCCGAACCGUCCGAGUCCGGUUCCGAGGACGGGCUGUACGACUGCCCGCGGUGCGGGAAGCGCUUCAAGCGCCAAGCGUACCUGCGGAAGCACCUGGCGGCUCACCGGGCCCACGCGUGUCCGGUGUGCGGGGAGCGCUUCAGCAGCAGCGGGGGCAGAGAGCGCCACCUGCGGCUGCUGCACUCCGCCCAGGUGUUCCCCUGCCAGCACUGCCCCGCCCUGCUGCACAGUUCGCCGGGACUCACCCGACACGUCAACAAGUGCCACCCGUCCGAGAGCCGCCAGGUGAUCCUGCUGCAGGUGCCGCUGCGCCCCGCCUGCUGAGGCUCCGGUCCGGUUCGGUCCGGUCCGGAUGGGACCACACCGGAAGUGAUCCCAGAACAUUUUCCCAGUUUGUCCUGGAAGUUUCUGCCUUGCUCAAGGACACUUCGUCUCAG